AUGGAUGGCGACGAUGCAGAUGGAAUGGAGAGUUUCGAAAUUGAUGACCGCGACUUGGAAUUCGCCCUCAAUCCUGGUUCUUAUCGUAGCCUUUCGAAGAACCAACAUCUCUAUGGUAUUUGGGCGGAUCGUGAAGAAAGUGACGAUGAAAAUGGUUCACGAAAACGGAGCAAAAAUUAUUCGGCUCCUGUUUCAUUUGUUAGUGGUGGAAUUAAACAUGGUAACAAAAUUGAAGGCGAGGUUAUUGAUCAAGAACCAAUACGUUUCGAGAAGCGCAUCCGGCAACAACGAAGGGCUGCCGGAGCCAAUGUUCUUGCAGGAAUGCGUACAUCAUCUUCCCAUGGUACAAUCGACCCUGAGAAAUUCGCUGAUUGGGCUAAACAUUCAAAAAGUGGUGUUAUUAUGAAAAUGAUGACAAAUAUGGGAUAUAUUCCUGGCCAAGGUCUUGGAGCAAAAAAGCAAGGGAUAGUAGAACCUAUACAAGCUGUAGUCCGACCAGGUCGCGCAGCAGUUGGAGCUUAUGGAAAAGAAGCAAAAGGGCCAAAUUUUGGAGAAUCAGCGGGAAAUUCUCAAAAAAGGAUGGAUGAGGGUCAUCCUAAUGAUUCAUUAUCCUCUAAUGCUGAAAAGCGUGGGAACUGGAAAAAAAAUAAUUCAAAAAAAGUUUUGACUAUCCGUUAUAAAACCAUCGACGAAGUUUUGGCUGAAGGAGGUAAUUUGAAAAAUUUACAAAAACGAGCAGAUUUAAGCGGUUCAGGAGUUAAAGUGAUUGAUAUGACUGGCAAAGAACAGAAAAUAUAUUCUGGAUACGAUGCUUAUGCAGCAAAAGCCAGAAUAGUGGCGGAAGAGCACGAUGAAAAGUUGGCUUUUGAUGUACCCGAACUAACUUAUAACAUCAAUAUGCUUUUGGAUAUGACCGAAGAGACAAUUCGACGAACAGAUCAUCAGCUUCGCUUUCUUUAUGAUCAAACGACGGCUCUGGAAAACGAUCGCGAUCAGCUUAAAGAAUUGCUUAUAAAUGAAAGAAAUGAAGGAAGGCGAAUGAAUGAAGUCUUAGCUCUACUUCAGCGUUUUACUUGCGCCGAUUCUGAUCCGCCAACUCUCGCAGCUUGUUACAAUCUUUUCGAAAAAUUGCAGACUGAAUAUUUUGAAGAAUAUCGCUUGUUUAAUUUGGAAGAAAUCGCAAUCGCAACAGUUUUGCCAUUGAUUCAGAAACAUUUUUCUACGUGGAAUCCUCUAGAUGAGUCACAAACAAACUACGGAUACGAUCUGAUUAUUACUUGGAAAAGGAUAUUAGAAAAGGAAGACCAAGGCGUUCUGACAAGAAAUUUAACUCCCUUCGAACGCUUGCUGUGGGAUGGUUGGAUGCCAAAUAUCAGGAGAUCUGUAUUGAAAUGGAAUCCACGUGAUAGUAUAUACCCAAUGUUGAAAGUUAUUGAAAAAUGGUUGCCUCUUUUACCUUUGUGGUUGCGAGAAAAUCUUCUAGAGCAGAUCAUUAUACCACGAAUAGCUUCUCAAGUUGAUGAAUGGAAUCCAUUAAUUGAUAGAGUGCCAAUUCAUACCUGGUUGCAUCCUUGGCUAAAUAUCAUGGGCGAUCGCUUGCACUCUAUAUUUGCUCCUAUCCGGCAAAAAUUGGCUAGGGCACUGGUGGAAUGGCAUCCUACAGAUCAAAGUGCUCUAUCGAUUCUAAGACCAUGGAAAGGUUGUUUUGCUUCUGCGACAAUGUCUGCUUUCUUGGCGCAAAAUAUUGUGCCAAAAUUGGACAAAGCUUUGCGAGAAAUGAUUUAUGAUCCUACGAAAAAUCAGCGAUAUGAUGAAUUUUAUGCAACUCUAUCUUGGAGCGAAAUGCUUGGUACUGAAGGUGUUGCUGCUAUACUCGUUCGAAGUUUUUUCCCGAAGUGGUAUGAAACAUUAUGCACAUGGUUAAAUUCUCCUCGAGUCUUAAUGGAUCAAGUUGCAAUGUGGUACAAUGAAUGGAAAACGAGAUUGCCGAUGGAAAUAUCAUCCUUGCCAGUAAUUCGAGAGCAAUUAACUCGUGCGUUAAUGGCUAUGAAUCAAGCUCAGCAAGGUGUAAAUGUGCCAAUGCAACCACUUCCUCCACCUGAGCCUCCAUCAUUUGUAAUAAAUAGACCUCAUUCAUUAUUUCAGGAACUUGUAGAAAUGCGAGCGCGUAGCGCUGGAAUUACAUACGUCCCUCAACCAAACAAGUUUAAAGAGGGUAAGCCAGUUUAUUGGUUCGGUAAUAUAUCUAUAUAUAUUGAUCGUAAUGUCAUUUUUGGUUUCAAUGUUGAAACGCAACAAUGGGCUCCAAUCGGUCUCGAUCAUCUAAUAAAUAUUUGUUAG